AUGAAAAAAAAAAAACGAAAACACAAGGGCCUAUUUAAUAAAUUUAGUUUGUUUGGGGGUGUAAUUGCAAAUAGGAUUGAGGCUAAUGAUGACGUGUCAAGUUGUGAUUCGUUACGAAUACUGUUUGUAUGCUUAGCUGCAGAAGCGAUCCCCACAGCGAGAGAGCGAGGCACGCGGAUACGCUGGGCUUCGCUGUUUCGUAGUUCUCCUGGACUAGCGAAUCCCCAUCUCCACCCUCCGCCGUGGCGGCCGCCGGAUUCCAGGAUCGGAGGGAACCUUGGAUUUCAUCUCGAUCACCCUUCUCUCCAUUUCCCCUACCAAAUCUUGCUUGAUCUUGGGAAAGAGAGAAAGAUGACUGAGGCAAUGCAAACUGAUGGUAUCACUAUGGAUAAUGAAAUGGUUAAAUGGCUCCCUAGAGUUGACAUGCUCUUUGAUAGUGAAAAUGAUGCAUAUGAAUUCUACAGUGCAUAUGCCGAGAAAGUCGGGUUUUUUGUCCGAAGAUCAACUCUGUGGACUACCUCGAAGAAUAUUGUCACUCGAAGGACUUUUGUAUGCUCCAGAGAAGGUUUUCGUGAGAAGAAGAAAGGGUCCAAGGAGGUGAAGUCCCCUCGGCCUGAAACAAGAAUUGGUUGUCAAGCAUCCCUAACCAUCAGACUCACUCCUAAUGGCAAGUACCGUGUCACUGACUUUUUGCCUAGCCAUAACCAUCAGCUUGCCACACAAACAACGAUUCAUAUGUUGAGGGCGAAGAAGAUGAGACGGAAGGCUCGACUUGCUAGAGCUGAUUUGGUAGAUGAGACUGUUAGGACUCCGGAAUUUGAGACUGAAGAUGAAGCCUAUGAGUUUUAUAACAUGUAUGCUGGCAAAAUGGGAUUUGCUGUCCGGAGGGCAAGUAUGACAGUCAGUGCUGAGAAUGUUAUUACAAGAAGGAUGUUUGUAUGUUCAAGGGAAGGAUUUCGUGAAAAGAAAAAAGGAGCAAAGAGGGUGAAAAAACCACGGCCAGAAACAAGAACUGGUUGCCCUGCUUGUAUGGUUAUCAGGAUUGAGCCUAGUGGUAAAUAUCAUGUGUCUGAAUUUGUUACAUACCAUAACCAUCAGCUUUCAAUCCCUUCAUCUAUCAACAUGGUGGCUUCAACCAGUGUGGAAAUUGAUGGUAAGAAUGAAGAAACAGAUUUAGCAGUCGAUUCAGUGAAGACUUCUACAUCUACUGAUAAAAUUCCUGGCAAACUGAGCCGAGUGUGUGAUGAUAUUGGCCAUCAUGAUGCAGAUAACAAAAAUCUACGAUCCAAGCGUUUGAAGACCGUGCAAAGAGGAGAUGCAGGAGCCACACUGGAGUAUCUGCAAAAAAUGCAAAAUGAUAAUCCAUCAUUCUUCUAUGCUGUCAUGCCAGACGAGGAUGAUACUAUGAUGAACUUCUUUUGGGCUGAUGCCAAGUCUAGAAUGGACUUCAACUACUUCGGUGACGUGGUGUGUCUUGACACAACCUACAAAAUAAAUGGUUGUGGUAGGCCGUUUGCCUUAUUCAUUGGUCUGAAUCAUCACAAGCAAAGCAUUAUCUUUGGUGCUGCAUUGCUCUAUGAUGAAAGCUUUUGUUCUUUCAGGUGGUUGUUUGAGACUUUCAAAACUGCAAUGUGCGGAAGACAACCCAAGACUGUCUUGACUGACAGGUGUGCAGCAAUAAGUGAUGCAGUUACUGCAGUUUGGCCUGGUACAGCUCAUCGUUUUUGUGUGUGGCAUAUAUACCUUCAUGCUGCAGAGCAAUUAAGUCAAGCUUUCCACGGUUCAAAAACCCUAGCGUAUGAUUUUAGUAGGUGCCUUUUUGAGUAUGAAGAUGAAGAUGAGUUUUUAUCAGCUUGGCAUACAAUGUUGGAGAAGUAUGAUCUUAAAGAUAAUAAAUGGUUAUCUAGGUUAUUUGCAGAUAGGGAAAAGUGGGCAUUAGUGUAUGGGCGUGAUACAUUCUAUGCUGAUAUGAAAAGUGCCCAGCAAAAGGAUACUUUGAAUGGUGAGCUAAAGAAGCACUUGAGCCCAGAGAUGGAACUGCUGAGCUUCUUCGAGCGUUAUGAGAGAAUACUUGAUGAGCGACGAUUUGCAGAAAUGCAGGCUGAUAUUAGUUCUGGCCAGAAUGCUCGGAAAAUACCAUCUAUGCGGAUAUUGAGGCAGGCUGCUAAUGCAUACACACCAGCCGCAUACAAAAUGUUUGAGAGGGAGUUUGAAAUGUAUAUGGAUUGUAUGUUGUACAGUUGUGGGGAGGUUGGGACAGCCUCUGAAUAUAAGGUCACAGUUGAAGAUGAUUCCAAGGACCACAUUGUUAGAUUUGAUUCAUUAGACGGAAGUUUCUGUUGCAGUUGUAAAAAGUUUGAGUUUAUUGGGAUUCAGUGUAGACAUGUAUUGAAGGUACUUGACUUCAGGAAUAUAAAAGAUCUCCCACCACAGUACAUUCUGAAGAGGUGGAGGAAGGAUGCUAAGGUUCUGAGCGGUAAUUAUGGUGUUUUAAUAGAUGAUGACCCUCAAUCUUCUGUUGCAAAUCGAUUUAACUAUUUGUGCCGCGUUUUUAGUAUAGCAGCUGCAAGGGCUGCAAAAACCUUGGAAUCACAUUCAUAUGUCGAAGGCCAGUUAGAAAUGCUUAUGGAACAAGUAGAACAGACUAUGCAAGCAAGACAUAUGGAGAUGCCUUCCCUCCCUCCUGCUCCUUAUGAUCAAAAUACAGUUGAUUGUGUGGUCAUGGGAAAUCUACACCAUGAUAAAACAAAUCAAGCAAGCCUUAUACCAUGUGCCACGGAUGGGCUGCUUGGUUCCCGGCAUUCCCAUCCGACCAUUUGCUGGGGGCAGUUUCCAGCUGGACCACCGGAGUGAUGACUUUAUUCUCCAAUUUAUGGAUAAGUCAUGCAAUUUGUUAUACUGAUGCAUUGCAUGCAACUCGAUUCGUCAAUGUACUGUAACAUAUGUUUCACCCCUUCUGGUGAUUGUGGCAUAAUCUUGAAAUGGUAGAAUUUCAUUGUCAGGGGAUGAUGACCUGGUGAAAUUCUGCAAUUUCUUUGUUUCCCUCUUCUUUUCACUGUGCCUUCACAGUAUAAAUUGAGUUCCUCCAGUUAGAACUUAUGUAAAGAAAUGUCAUUGUAAAAUAUAAAUAAUGUCUUUAAACUUAUCUACCUUCGGAGGUGAGUUAUGUAUCAUAUGAGUUCAAAAGUUUGUAACAUUUGGUGAUUAGACAUGUAAAAAAUGCAUGCCAAAAUUCUUCUGUCA